AUGGGAAUGGGCUUGGAGAGGCGGAAGGCGGCAAGUGCAACCUCCGGGGCUCUGCCGCCCUCUUGACCGCGGCUGGCUGGAUCAGGAGGCGGGAAGCGGGGCUGGCGCCGUCUUGGGCUGCUAGGGGACGAGUAGAAGUUCAGGCGUAGUUUGCCUUCCCUUGUUGCAGCUCUCAAAAUGGAUAUUUUUGGAGACCUGCGGCGAAUGAACAAGCGCCAGCUCUAUUACCAAGUUUUAAAUUUUGCCAUGAUCGUGUCUUCAGCCCUAAUGAUAUGGAAAGGCCUUAUUGUUAUCACCGGGAGUGAGAGUCCAAUUGUAGUAGUGCUCAGUGGUAGUAUGGAACCAGCCUUCCAUAGAGGAGACCUCUUGUUCUUGACAAAUUUCCGAGAUGACCCCAUCAGGGCCGGAGAAAUAGUCGUUUUCAAAGUCGAAGGAAGAGAUAUUCCAAUUGUGCACAGAGUGAUUAAAGUUCACGAAAAAGAAAAUGGCAACAUCAAAUUUUUGACCAAGGGCGAUAAUAAUGAAGUUGAUGACAGAGGUUUGUACAAAGAAGGACAGAACUGGCUAGAAAAGAAAGAUGUCGUAGGCAGAGCCCGAGGGUUUUUGCCGUAUGUUGGAAUGGUGACCAUAAUCAUGAACGAUUAUCCAAAAUUUAAGUAUGCUCUCUUAGCUGUCAUGGGAGCAUAUGUACUUCUGAAACGGGAAUCAUAAAAGAAACUGGAAUUGCCUCGGACAACUUAUCAGCAUAGUUAUAUGAAGAGAUACUAAUAUAUUUGAAACAUCCCCUUGUCUGCAGAUAAUAUGUGACAUGUGCAAACCAUAUUGUAUUUGUUUUGUUCCUCUUCAUGUUGCAGUCUUAACUGUGGGCAGCCCAAUUGCCUUCAUUGAGUCACACUGAUAUUUUUU